AUGGGAAACUUGGAUGACCACACGCCUGAUGAGAUCUACUGCGAUAAUCAGGUGUUUGAUAUUGAUUUUCACCCAUUGACAGCUAUUGUUGCUGUAGGAUGCAUUGAUGGUAUCGUACAAGUUUACAAGUACUCGGAGGAAGCUAAUUCAAAAAUUCUAGAGCUUAAAAAAACAUCAGGAAGCCCUCUCUACACAGCGUCGGCGGACAAGUCGAUUCGUGCCUUCGAUACGCUUGGAAACCCAACGUGGGCCGAGAUGCGAGCGCACGACCACCCGGUGAACCGUCUCCAUGAGCUGUCAGCAAAUGUGUUUGUGAGCGGUGACGACCAAGGUUGCAUUAAAAUCUGGGACACAAGGCAGCAUCGUUGUCUGGCAGAAUUCAAAGAGCACACGGAUUACAUUUCUGGGUUUGCAACGAACCCUGCGCAGGACCAUUUACUUGCGACGAGUGGAGACGGACGUUUGACCGCUUAUGACUUGCGUAAAAAUGUCCUCGCAGGCAAAAGUGACGAGCUCGAUGAUGAACUGCUAUCCGUCGCAGUGAUCAAGAACGGUCGAAAAAUUGUGUGCGGCUCGCAAGAUGGCGUGCUGGUGAUUUUCAGCUGGGGCACAUGGGGAGAUAUGUCUGACCGCUUUCCUGGUCACCCAGACUCUGUUGAAUCUUUACUCAAGGUGGAUGAAGACACCGUGCUUACGGGAUCAAGUGAUGGCAUCCUUCGAGUAGUGCAGAUUCAUCCAAACAAACUCUUGGGACUGAUUGGCGAUCACGAAUAUUUCCCUGUGGAAAACCUGAAGUUUUCGUAUGACAAAAAACUUAUUGGUAGCGUUUCGCACACCAACAAGGUGCACUUUUGGGAGGUCGGAUAUCUUUUUGAGGAAGAUGAUGGCGAGGAAAGUGACGCAGCGGACGAAAAUGAGGAAAAUACCGUUGCUAGCAUUUCCAUGGAUACUGAAAUGCAGGAUGCCGAUAGUGACAGUGACAGCGAUAGGUCGGAUAUGGCGAGCAACUCGGGUGGAAAUUGCCGAGCUUUCCCUACAGCAAACGAGCAGUUCUUUUCGGACUUGUAG